GCUGUGCCCCCUCCGUCGGAGAGGAUAAUUACCCCUUAUUACAUCGUCUUGCUUGGUCUUGCGGUGAAAGUUUACCCAUUGCCCUGGUUCAAGACCAAUCGUGCACAACCAUAUCUCCCCAGAAAAAGAGCCAUCUAUCCCACAGCAGUCGUCACGUUGCAGAUCCCGAAACGACGGGCUCCGGGGGGGGGGGGGACUGCGAGAUGACCGGGGCACUUUCGGCGUACGUCUGGGAGGCCUAAGCAGCAUACUACAUACGGCGUUAUACUUCUCGUCUUGGCUGUGCUUUGAGCGAAUUUUCCGGACUCGUGUUUCGCAACGAUGAGGUCCACAUUACUGCAGUACGAUGCCUGCCACCUUGUCUCUGGGAUUUUUAUCCAGCCUAUCAAUUUCCUAUCGAGGGAAGUGCUCUCUCUGCCUUUUGUGGUUCUUUCCUUCAUGCACUUCUACUUGCAUAGUGGAAAGGGGACAGACUGUCGGACUUAUUUUCCUUCAAGCGCAGGGAGAAGGGUUCCAGACGGAGCAGAUGCUGCCCCGACGCAGUAUCUGUGCUUUUUUUUAGUUUUAUUCUGGUUUUAUCUCUUUUUUUGUUUCUUUUUUCUUUUUUCUUGGAAGGAUGACAUCUCUUCUGGACCCAGCCCUCUGGAUCAAUGUGGAUUGGUGGCAGCCUUGCGUGGUUCCAGACGGCGGGCCGUCAUAGUUUACCAGAGCGUCGGAACAUUCCACACGGCGUCCGUUGAACCAGGCCAUAUCUUCCAGCUUUGCGUGUACUACAUAACAGCAAUAGCCUGAUGCCAGCAACCCUGCUGCGAUUCAUCCAUUAUUGCGAUCCCAACUGCAAAGGGUACGUGUCCAUGGGAAGGGGGGGGGGGGGGGGGGGGGGGGGGGGGGUAGAAGUGGAAUUGUUCUUUACUGAAGGGAU